ACCAGGUAGCAAACUAUGGCACAGAGGCGAUUCCCAACCACCCUCGCUGACUUUGGCUACGACUUCAACCGCCGAGGCGAGCUGCGCAACGUUGAAACGCGUCGGCCAUUCGAAUUUGUGGAUCAAAAUCACUACGAUGCCCUGGGCGAGGCAAUUGCCGAGCGCGUCUACGAGCUCAUGGAGACAGACACCCACUUGACGCGAGUCCAAGUCCCUGUGGACGGAGACACGGCCAAUGCGAGCAGCCGGAUUCCUGCGGCGCUUGGAGGCGAUGACGACGACGACGACGAAGCACUGCCGACUACAUCUGGGCCAAAGGGAUUCUUCUUCAUGUCACGCGAUGCGCUGGAGGCAGACAAGCUCAUGGUGCUGAUUCACGGUGCUGGCUAUGUGCGUGCGGGCCAGUGGGCUCGCAGGCUCAUCAUCAACGAGUCGCUCGACUCUGGGUCGAUGCUCCCCUUCAUUAAGCGGGCGCAGGCCGAGGGCUACGGUGUCAUGGUGCUCAACGGCAACCUCAACGCGGCUAUCGACCCUGCGACCAACCGACGCGGCUAUAUUCCAGGCAACAGCUCUCCCGAGGACCACGCCGUGUACGUGUGGGAUCGCUUCAUUGCAAGCGCCGCCGCCCGGCACAUUGCGAUCGUUGCCCAUUCCUACGGAGGCAUUGUCACAAGCAACCUCCUGGCCGUCCGCCCAGACGCCUUGCAGCGCGUCGCUGGCAUUGCCCUGACAGACUCGGUGCAUCGCCUCAACUCGAGCUUCCCGGCACCCGUGCGCAAGUUCUUUGAAGAGCACUGCAUCAACUGGGUUGCUUCUCUAGCACCUCUUGACACUCCCGAACGAUCACCUAAAGGCGACUGCGCCCGAGUUUCGUCCGGCGCGGGCAAGCAUGAAGAGACAUCCUGGGCAGCGUACGAGUCCAUCUUCCCGUACUUGGCAGACCAGAUUGCGAAUCAUUACUUUUAAGUCCCCCCAUUCGUAGUUCGAAUCAAGUAUAUGUUGUUGUUGUUGCUCGCUUUCAGAAUGCCUUUUUUUGCGCAAGUACACAUCAUCCUCCAUUGGGA